AAAAAAAAAAGAGAGAAAGAAAAGAAAAGAAAAGAAAAGAUGAGUCUGGAGUCCGUUGUUUUAGGAAGUGCGGCGCUGGAUUCGCGUAGACAUUGUGUACCAAAGGCUGUAGUUGUGGGUUUGGGCUGUGUGUGUGUGCGUGUUAGUGUGGUUGUCUCCGGGGCAUUUUUCACAAAGCGAUAUUGCUUUGUUUGGGUGAGGAGGUUGCAGUGUUUUUAAAGCUGACGUUUUACUACUCCCCUCUCCCUUGAAGUUUGUAGUAGGAAGGAGGAUUUGUUGAGUUAGCAUUAAAAGGGGGGCGGGGGGUGAAGGAGAGCCAGCCCUGUGCAAUCUACAAACUCUAUUGUGACGCACGUACUACAACUGAUUGUUGCUGCCAAACCUCCUCCAGACUUGCUGUGAUCAGCACAUUAGAUAGAACAAUGGGGCUGGAACAGGGAACGUGGCCAGGAGGCUCUGCACAAUCACUGCAAAUACUCUUGCAUUUCAGCACAGAAUCCGAUCCUUUUAUUUAAUCACUUGAGGAAAUCAGAGCUUAUUGCCCUUUUUUUAAUUAACUGAAUCAAAGCUUCAUAUAGAUUUGAAGCGUAAUGGCCUGGCUGAUAAAUUCCACUUUAAAACUAAAUUCCUUUUGUUUGGACAAAGGCUUUUCACAGUUUAUACUUUUGAUGCAGGUAUCCUAGGAGGGGUGGAAACAGCGGACAGGAAACUACCCAUAGAUCUGAUAGCACUUGAUUGUGUUUAGGGUGUAGGGAAAGAAGUGAGUACUUAAAAAGCUAGAAGAAUGUAAGCUGAAAGGCGUAUGCAGUACUACUAGAAUUCUAACAAUGUAAAUAAGGACACUGAGAAUUUAUUGCAAAACUUAUUAGAUAUUAUAGUAUUAUAAUAGAGCCUGGAAAGCUUACUCAUAAUGUCAUCUUCUUUCUUUGCAGGAAAAAAAGACCAAAUGGCAAAGCAACCUUCUGAUCUAAAUUCAGAGUGCAACAGAGAAGGUGGACAGUUUCAGUCAACUGAAAGGCCAAGUCAACCUCAGCAUCUUAGACCUGGGGCCCCUACCUCUAUACAAACACAGUAUCAAGGUAAUCAUUCAGGUGAGGGGGACUUCGCCCAGCAGCCCUCAGGGAGCUCUUCGCCCAGCAGCCCUCAGGGACCAUUUGCACCACCCAGUAGCCCCAGUCCAUUUGCUACCAGAUCCCCACUUUUCAUCUUUGUAAGAAGAUCCUCACUGCUGUCUAGAUCCUCCAGUGGGUAUUUCUCUUUCGACACAGACAGGAGUCCUGCGCCUAUGAGUUGCGACAAGUCCACGCAGACUCCAAGUCCCCCUUGUCAAGCCUUUAAUCAUUAUCUAAGUGCAAUGGGUAAGCAAGAUCAUGCUUCCAGGUGGGAGUCUUCCUCAAUACGUGAAGACAUGCAGCCGGAAAUAUGGAUUGCACAGGAACUGCGGCGUAUUGGAGAUGAGUUUAAUGCUUCCUAUUGCCCAAGAAGGGGUUUCUUGGAUAAUCCAGCAGUAAACCACCAAAUUGUUUUGCGCCUGUUACGUUAUAUCAUCCGCCUCAUUUGGAGACUGCAGUAAUGGAUAUGUACGGAGAGACAUUCUGAGAUUGUCCAGUUAUCACCAGAGUGUCCUUUCCAUACCUUGUGUAUGCAAUUAACAAAUCCUCCUUUUCCUAAAGGACAUACGAGACAUUGGGAGGAGCAGUAGGACUCUGUGUUUGUACAAAAUAUGCACAGACUGUCUCAUUUUGUCUAUCAGAAAACAGAGGUUUUUUAAAUGAGAAUUCACUGUGAACACGUCACGAUGGAUUUUGGAAACGGAUGUAUAAAAGCUUUGUGAAGCAGGACUUUAUGUGAGAGUGGUGUUUACGCUGGUUUUUCUUGAACAUUUAAAAGAUUGAUUUGGAAAGAAAAUGAUCAAACAUUAUUGAAUGAUUUUCAUACUCCAUUUUCUGGAAACCUGUAGACUGAUCUCUGAUAUAUUCUGCAAUGGAGUUAACUGAGCCAGCUAACUUGCAGAGCUGCCUUAGUUUGUUAUAAAAUAACUAUGUACAGAUGUUCCCCCCAGCCCCGCCCCAGCAAGGAGGGGUCAGAUUCAUGCUUUCCCUCCAUUCCUAACUCAUGAAUUGAAGCUAGUUGAAGAAUGGUAGAAGGAUUUGCAUCAGAACUUCAGUUACCCUGCAAAUCUCUACCACCACCCUAAAUUCAACUGUGUGUGUGUCACACACAGCAUACUUCCUGCUGACUGAUUUUAAAUGCAGCUAAGUGCAACUGGUGCGCUCCCCUGAAACUUCCACCCUACUAGCAGGAAUCUCAAAGUUGACCUGAAUUUUGCAACCUAACUGUGAAAAUAUUAUGCUUCAAAAUCCAUACCAAGUUGCCUUUCUAAAAGUUCUUUAUAUCUAAUGAGUCUGGAUAUAUUUGCAUAUUAUAUAACAUAGAAUGUUGAAGGCUGGGGAUAAUAGAACAAUGAAAUAUUUGUGGGGUAAAAGCGUUCCUGAGACACUGCAAUCUUGUCCAAAGUUGGAGGGUUGCAUAACUUCAGAAACUAUUUUAAAUUUCACUUAAUAUUUUACUGUGACUGUUGAUAAACCCAGUUGGUAUUGCUGGUUUUUUAAUGUGUUGGAUUUUUGCUAGAGCUGGCUUUGUACUUAAGAUCUAUUCUGAGAGAUGCAAGGAACUAACAGACAUUAACAGUUGAACAUGUGGACUGCUGACUGUGUUACAUCCAUCUUGAGGGCAACAGUACAAUAUUUGAAUUGAUUGUGGUGGUUCAAAAAAUCCCACAAGUGAAUGAAUAAAUAUGCAUUGGAAGCAAAAGUUAGGCCAUUUUGAAAGUUCUAGCAAAACUUCCACAUAAUCUUUUAAAAUAAUACAAUUUUAAGGGCACUCACUGUAUUCGUACAUCAGACAUUCUGUGAUUUGUUCAAAGAUUAACCAAAAACACAACUUAAGUUAAAUCAAGAUUCCUAUACUGGAGUGACUCGCUAACUAGGUUGCAGGAGGCACAGGAAAAGAUUUAACUUACCUUUUCUUUUAAUUAGAUCUUCCUUCUACAGAACUCCCUUUACCGCUUCUUGGUUCACUGAAGUUAUUCCAGAAGGCAUCAUUCUGUGAAACCACAAAUACCAUGGAUUGCAUGACUUGUAAACUUCUGGUCUUUAGAACAUAACAGAAUGAUGCAUUCUGUAACAACUUCAGUGACUCAAGAAGUGCCAAGAGGACUUCACAGAAAGAAAAACUUUAAUUUUGAAGUGUGUAUAUUGAAUGCCACCCCGAGCCUGUUGCGUGGGCACUGUAGCCACAGAUCUAGGUUUAAACUGAAUUUUAAUAUUGGUUUUAUAGUCCACCUUUACACCAUGGGAAACUGCAUGACAGGUGCUUUGGGAGUGCACAGUUCCUUCAGAUGGUGUGGUGUAUUAAUGCAGAAUUUACCCCAAUCUGGCUUCAGAAUCUGGCUUCCUUUUGUAUGUGAUGCAGAGAGCUUGCAUGAUUCAGUUUUCUAUUUGCUACAGUCUACUUCAAAAUGCCGCAUUUUAUUUCUGGUUUCACCAGCACCAUAGAAAAGUAUGAUAGCUUUUCUUCCAAAACGUUGCAAUAUGUUCACCAGCGUAUGCUGAGUGCCAUUGUAUUUUUUUUAGUUUUGACAAGUAAAUUUGUAUAAUAUGUACUCUAUGCACUGACCACUGGUGCCUCUGGGGCAGGUGGGAGGGUUCCUCUAAACAUGGCUCAAUUUCCCAGUUGCAUUAAUUCACCCCCGCGAUCAGUGAAUCCGGAGGACAAAAACACAUGUUGGCUCUGUAGGCUAAACCUUUGUCCUAGGAGUUGGCCUCAGUUAUCAAAGCAGUCGGGUUUUUUUUUUGUUUGUUUGUUUGUUUUUUUUUACUUUUGUAGAGCAAUAUUGGUGACUUAAAUUGUAUCUGGAGUUUCAAGCAGAAAUUCAGUAGUGCUGAUGGUAGAUAGGCACUUCCAUACCAGCAUGGUUUUGGAUCCAUACCAAAGUACUAAGCGUAAAGCGGAGUGGAGAAUUCAGAACGUCCUACAUGUAGUGAAUUGGGCGGGUAUAAAUGUAUGUUCGGUAAAGAGUUCUCACUGCUACCGGACGCGGGAAGUGAGAAUAAGACUGGAGGGGCCUAUGACACCAGUACUUUUGUUCCGUUUUCAGCAUUCCUCACAUGUCAGAGUCACACAGCCAUUAAAUAGCUUAGACAAAAAUCAGAUUUUCCAACACUAGACAUUGCAGUCAUCUUUUGAACAGAAUUGGACCCUAGCCACUUCCUGGAGUUGAUCGGGUGCUUUCAGGUAUAAGAGUCUUGAAACCUCCUCAUAAAGCCACAUUGUCCACUAGUUGUCAUGAUGAACAGAGUAGAGCUAGUUCUGAAAUUUGGAAUUGCGAUAUGCAUCUUUCUGAACGCACCAAAGACAUUUCUGUUUACAGUACCCGCCCGCCCCCACCACAUAUACACACACACGCACUUCUACAAUUGGUGCAGGCGUGCGCACACACACGCUUCUACAAGUGGAGCACUUUAUUUCAGUUCUUUUAAAUAUAGUGCCCUUGGGAGAGUUGGCAUCAGUACUACAUACUUUCUCCCUCUCCAUCCCACCUCUUAAGGCUCUGCUGGCCCAGUGCCUGAAGACUUGGGUGCUUUGCUUUGUACAUUUACCUCUAGCAUGGUAGUGCAACAGGUUUGCCACCACACCAUGGCUUCAGACUAGCUUACUGUAAGCGUAAUAAAUGAUUUAAAAAACAAUUCUGUGAAUUAUAUGAACAUUAAAGAGCAAGAUAUUGGCACCAUGUGACUUGGACUUCUCUGCGCUCUUGUUUAUCAAGAAGUUUCCUGCAGAUGUUUUUACAGUAUGUAUUUUAAAAAAAUAACUCAAACUAAUCCCAUUGUCUUUGACAAUUUAAAACUGGUUUUGUGCCUUGGCAACCUGUCUGCCCAGGUUAGAUUUGUGGGCCGUUAUUGAAAUUGUUUCUUAAAUCUCAACAUAACAUUAAAAACAGUUAUAAUACUUUGUUAGUGGAGGGAUUUCUUUUAAUUCCAUACAAUCCACACUCUGCCCUGCCAAAACGGCUUUAUGAAGAAUUUUCUUUGGUUGUGGAGAAACCAGAUUCAAAUUUUUCCUACAAAACUUGUAUGAUACUGUAUUAUGCUUUUUCUCCUUCAAUAACUGUAAAUAUUUGAGUAUUUAUUAGAUUAGGGCAUCAUAUUAUUCUUAUCUGAGCCAAAUGUCUGUGUGCAAUGUUUUUUCUUUUCUUACUAUGUCAUGUAAAGUUUUGUACAGCAUAUAAAGUAAAUUACUGUUUUUCUAAGUCUUUUUUAGAAUUGAACUUGGUAAAUACUGUAGAUUCUUUUUUCUGUGUAAUUAAUGCACUCUACUGUUUCAUAAUGCUGUAACUUGUAGAAAUGUUGUAUAUUUAUUUUCUGCUUAUUUAAGUUCCUGUAAAGUUUUUAAUGAAUUUUUACUGGUAUAUAUGGAAUUAGUGAUUGAUCAGUUUAGAGCACUGUCUUCUAAUUCAGUGCAAUCAAUAACGUUUAGUUACUGAGUAAAAAGUGCCUAAGUGACUUAGGCUCCUAAGUCCCAUUUUCAAAAGAGGCUGUGGAGUACCUCAGUCAGUCUCAAAGUCCAGGGGACUUGGGUUUCUGUGUGCCUAAAGUCUCUCUUGAAAAUUGUAUCCACAACUUAAUCCCCCAUUUCGGCCACGUUUAACUUUCUGGACUUAAUGAUUCAGCACCGUAGAUAGAGGCAGAGAUUUGAAGUAAAAUAUGAUAUGAAGAUGCAAACUCGGCCAAAUACCAAAGCCACAUCCAGAAUCAAUUUGUAGCUCAAAGCAUUAAUUUGUUACAAAUAACUUUAUCGGUCUAAGCAAAACAUUAUCAUCCCAAGGGGGCCAAGGGCAGUUUAUUCAAACAUAUUAUUAAACUGAAGUGCAGUAUUCUCAGUUAAUCGCUUUUUCAAGACCUAAACAAUGUGCCAAUCCCCCACCUUCUCGUUUUCCACUGCCUUCAGAUUUCACCCUCCCUGUGCUCCUACUGAAUCUGGCUGCCUCACUUCAUUGCUUCAGCCAGUUGCCAGAAUUAAAAAUUAUGCUGUAGAUUUUAGUUCAAUAACUUGAUAGUGCUUCCCGGUAACUCAAUAAUAACCCUGUUUUGGGAUAUUAAACACCUUAUCCUCAGUUUACAUAGUGCAGGACAUGACUGUUACCUCAUCAACAAGAAGCCCCUGCAAGUUAUUUAUAGAACUACUUUCUACUUGGAUUUUUAGAGUAAACUUUUGUAUCCGGGUUUCAAGACCACUCAUUACUGUAGCAAAGCUCCUUAUCAGGUACAAACAUAGCACUGAUCAUGUACUGAUUAAUCACUAACUUGUUUCAUAGGACCCAGCAUAUGUAGCAUUUUUAUUGCAAUUUCCCUGGCUUACUUGUGGUUUGCACUGAUGAAUUUUUGACAGGGUAAUUGCCACGUUACUUGUGCAAUACUGCUGUACAUAGCUACAGAUCUUUUUUUAAGAUGCAAUCUUUUAUGUUAAUGAAUUUUAUAUAAAUAAAACUUUCAUCUAUU